ACAUUACUGUGGGUAAUGACCUUCCUACUUGCAUUUGUUCCCUCCAAGCAGCAAAACUUACCUGGCUAUUUGGGAUGUUUUGGUGAUUCGAAUGAUCGCGCCCUCCCGGCGAUCCGUGAAUCGUCCAAUGCACAGUCUGUAGAGCGCUGCUUCAGACACUGUCUGGAACCCACCCAGUAUAAAUAUGCCGGACUGGUAUACUCAUACGAAUGCUACUGUGGGAAUAACGAUGACUAUGACAAACACGGGGAAAAGCCGGAGUCUGAUUGCCAAGAUAGAUGCGCCGGAAACAGCGACCAGAUCUGUGGAGACGGUUGGCGUCUAUCCAUAUACAGAAUAUCAGAUGGAGUAUGCAGUAACGACGUAGGACCACCCACCAACGGACACCACGUCAUCACCAACCCGCGUUCACUGUCUUACAAUCUCAACAACUUCAAGUUCUUCGGGACUCGUGUAGAUUUCUCCUGUGACCCUGGAUAUACCCUCCAUGGAGCAUCAAGCAUUGAAUGCAUUGAGACUGACUACAACAUCGUCACGUGGAGUGACUCGGUACCAACAUGCGAAGUACCCCAAAGUAGGACAACGAAAAUCGCGUUAUCCACAACGCCACCCCAAACUAGAACAACGACGGUCGUGUCCUCUACAGCAGUAACUCAAAGUUGGAUAUCUGGCGUUCACCUUACCACGUCAUAUGACGUUGGAAGUAGCAACGAACCGUCAGGUGUUGGAGUCAUAGUUGGACCGUUGGUGGCGGGCUUCGUCGUUGUUUUGGCAGCUCUAGGUCUGUUGAUACUUUGUAUGUGGCGGCGUAAAAAACGAGAGUUAGUGAACGACUGUGACAAUCAGUUUGUCAGGAAUGAAAGCAGUAACAAGCAGCCAAACCAUAAUUCGCAAUCACUGCGUUCAGAAGGACAAGAUCAAGUUUGUACAAUACAGGCAGAUGGACAACUUGAGGAUAUCCUAUUGGGUGCGUUGUCCACAGCGAACGAUUACAACCCUGGACGCGAGAUCCAAGCUGCGCAUGCGACCUACGGCAAUGUAGGCCCCAAUCUAUCGCUCUCGAGAGAUCUCGUUGAAAUUGAGAAAGAGAUUGGUCGAGGUGCCUUUGGCAGAGUGCUGCUGGGGACCGCCCUUGGGAUCGAGGAAGUUGGCAAACGAGCCAAGGUUGCAAUCAAAACAAUCAAAGAGGGCGCUGACAGACAGGCGAAGGUGGAGCUCCUGGAGGAGUUGGACGUCAUGAAAAAGAUUGGUUCCCACCCAAACAUCGUCAGAUUACUUGGCUAUUGCAUAGAGACAGAUCCCAUCUAUCUCAUCGUGGAGUACCUGGGUAAGGGCGACCUCAAGAAAGUUCUGAUGGGAUACAGAAUCACAGAUACUGGGACCGGCUACGGCAACAUUUCUGGUCUGAGUCAGUCACUCUCGUUGACCUUGGUCAAAUUCGCCAGGGACGUAGCCAAUGGAAUGGCAUUCUUGGCUUCGCAAAAGUGCAUUCACCGUGACCUGGCCGCCCGUAACGUACUGGUUGGUGAAGACAUGGUCUGCAAGGUGUCUGACUUUGGACUCGCUCGUGACGUCAUGAAUAUUAGAGUCUACCAGCGAGAAUCCCAGGGUCCACUGCCCAUGCGCUGGAUGGCACUGGAGUCCUUAAUUGAUGACGUGUACACAAUUGAGAGUGACGUAUGGUCUUUCGGGAUUCUGAUGUGGGAGAUCGUAACACUUGGUGCCCGGCCAUACCCACACAUUAUGACUUCAAAAGAUAUGCUGAGGCAGCUAAGGAAAGGCUACCGCAUGUCCAAGCCAACAAACUGCAAGAAACAACUAUAUUCCAUCAUGCGUAGUUGCUGGCAUACCAACCCGAAGGCAAGACCAACGUUCCAAGAUGUUGUCGAGAGUCUGGAGGCGUUGCUUAGUGAGGAAAUGGAGUACAUAACUGUUGGAAACAUUGACGAAGGCAUCUACGAGGUCCCAAGAAUCAUGGAAGAGAACGAGAAACUGUAAAUCACGAAAUAGAAAAAUGUGUGAAAUAUUCUGGGAAUUAAAAGAUAAUUCAAAAGCACUAGAAAUAAUGAUCUGGUUUUGACUGGAAAGAGUUUAUUAAAUUUAAUUCCUGACUUAUGCGAAAACAUUUGUGUGCAGAUGAAUAGUUCCAGGUUAUUUUCUAACCAAUAUUAUUGAAGGAGAUUGUGGCAAGUUGUUGUCAUAGUAACAUAGUCGCAAGAAAAUGUUUAGUGAAUGUAAAAAAACCCACCAAAUGACCAAAUUUGUCAGAGAGUACUAUAUAGAAAAACUUGAGUUGCAUUUAUGACACGACCACAUCAAAGUUUAAAAUAAGCAAAAGUCAUACAUAUCGGAUUGCACAGUUAAUAGAUAGUGGUCUUGGCACAAUUACAGAUGGAAAGCUCGAUUAUAAAACAAAACCUGAACGAAUUAAGCCUUAUCAUAUAGAGACCAAACAAGUCAUGUUUUGGCAACAUGAAUGUAAGCAUUACUUGUACGGAUAACGAAGACGGAUGGUGUGGUGCUCGAUUUUUUGACCACGAAUGCCAAAUAGUUUUGGCUCGCGAAACAGUGGGUUGGUGUGCCUCGUAAUUAGUAUAAAUGUUGUGAAAAUACGUUAAGCGAUAACUGUAACAAUCACUAGAAAGUGUGGCUAGCUUUCCUUUUAAGCCCAAGGUUAAAAA